AUGAGCCAGCAAGGUCAACAGCCUCUCCGGAAUUCCAUGAGCUCCUCCUCUCAUCAGACACCCAUCCAAGCUGUACACGCUCAACAGAACGCCAGCGAUCUCCUACGUAAACUACAAGAGAGCACGAUUGCUGCUUUAAGAACAUCAAGCAACACUAUGGACCCUCACAACUCCUACGGCAGCGGUUCCAAGGGAACCUCCCCCGACGACAAAGGCAAAGGAUACGAUCAGACGGCCAUCUUCGACGGUCUCCUUCCUCGGAUAGAGACAAGAGGGCAGAGCAAAGGAUCCUCCAAGAAGAGCAGUGGCAAGAAAAAGGAGAGCAAAGGCUCGCACCAUCACUAA